UCAUUGUUACCAGUGUUCACAUGCAUGUAACCAUUUGAUAUAUUUAUGGCUGACCUGAUUAUUUGUAAUAAAUCCACUAUUCUUUCCUUUUUUAUUUUUUGUUUGUUUGCAAAGUAAAUGUAAAAUAGAAAUGAAGUAAAUGCUACAAAAUGUAUAAAGCCAUACAGAGUGAAUAAACACUCGGGUUUAGUGUGUCAAUAAAAACCACUGUAAGCAAUUGUGUCCAUGAUUGUAAUGAAUACGUUGUUGUUGUUUAUAUAAAGAAUAAUAUAUGCGGUUGUAAACAAUACCGUAGUGACAAGUUACUUUUAAAAUAUUUACUCAACAUUAUUGUAAUUAUCUUUACUGUUAAAACUGCUUUUAUUUACGCGUAGACUGAAAAUGCCGCUUUGAAAGCUAAAUGGGAACCUUUUCAUUGAGCUGCGUCGGACGUUAUUCAGUGAAACACUGCGACGAAGGCGGUUCGCUUGCAAUGCUGAAGUAGUAUGUUUUAGAAGAUGGCCGUUACUCUACACACAGAUCUGGGUGAUCUCAAGAUAGAGUUGUUUUGUGAGAAGGCCCCGAAAAGCUGUGAAAAUUUUAUUGCACUGUGCGCUAGUGGGUUUUACAAUGGAUGUAUUUUUCAUCGAAACAUAAAGGGCUUUAUGGUCCAGACCGGAGACCCAACAGGGACAGGCAAAGGAGGGACCAGUAUUUGGGGAAGAAAGUUUGAAGAUGAAUUCAGUGAACAUCUGAAGCACAAUGUCAGGGGGGUGGUGGCCAUGGCCAACAAUGGACCAAACACAAAUGCAUCACAGUUCUACUUCACAUAUGCAAAACAGCCUCACCUGGACAUGAAGUACACAGUUUUUGGAAAAAUUAUAGAUGGAUUAGAUACUCUGGAUGAACUAGAGAAACUCCCUGUGAAUGAAAAGACCUUUCGUCCCCUUAACGAUGUCCGUAUUAAGGAUAUUACUAUUCAUGCCAACCCAUUUGCUGGUUGAUUGAUUUCAUUGUGAAACAUUCAUAAAGCCUUGUUUUGUAAAUAGAAAUUUUUGCUGUUGUUUUCAGUUUCGCCUUUUCCCAUAAUAUUUUACAUUGGGUUUUAAAUGCAAGGUAUUUUAUUAACAAAUAAACAUUUUCACUAAAUUUA